AGACAGCUUGAAGAUGGUGUUAAAGAGACACUCAGCUGUGUUCUCUACAGAGUUAGGCACACUGAAGCAGAUUAAAGCCACACUGACUGUUAGACCUAACAGUAUACCUAAAUUCUGCCCCCCACGUAAUGUGCCCUAUGCACUUCGACCUCGAGUGGAAGCCGAGCUGAAGCGCCUAACUGAGCUUGGGGUGAUCUCACCAUUGGAGAAUAGUGAGUGGGCCACACCUGUGGUGCCAGUUGUCAAGAAGGAUGGCACAGUUAGACUGUGUGGCGAUUUCAAGGUCACCCUCAACCAAGCUCUCUGCGUGGAUAGAUACCCACUACCACGCAUUGAAGACAUUUUUGCCUCUCUAGCAGGAGGGCAACGCUUCAGUAAGUUAGACUUAUCUAAUGCAUAUCUGCAGAUGGAGGUAGAAGAGAAGUGUAGGAAGCUGCUAACUAUCUCCACACAGAAAGGGCUAUUCCGCUUUAAUCGCUUGCCCUUUGGAGUAGCGUCAUCACCUGGCUUGUUCCAAAAGGCUAUGGAUCAAGAACUGCUCGGACUACCUUACACACACUGUUACCUGGACGACAUCCUCAUCAGUGGUCCUGAUGAACAGACUCACCUCAAAGCGCUGGAUUCAGUCCUAGGCAGGCUAGAGGAGUAUGGCCUGCAUCUCAAACAAGAGAAGUGCCAGUUUUUCCAGGAGUCUGUGGAAUACUUGGGCCACAUCAUUGACGCGGCCGGGCUCCACAAAUCACCAGAGAAAGUACGUGCUAUUGUGGAAGCACCAGCACCACGUGAUGUCAGCCAGCUACGUUCGUUCCUAGGAAUGCUGAACUAUUAUGGACGCUUCAUUCCUAAUGUAUCCACUGUCCUUAAACCAUUAAAUGAAAUGCUAAACAAAGGGAAGCAAUGGCAGUGGACAGUAGACUGUGAAUCAGCUUUCCAGAAAGCAAAAGCACUCCUAGUAUCACAGGAAGUAUUAACGCACUACAAUCCUGAGCUGCCCCUUCGCCUUGCGUGCGAUGCUUCACCAUAUGGGGUCGGAGCUGUGCUCUCGCACGCUAUGCCUGAUGGAGAGGAACGACCUAUAGCUUAUGCUUCACGAACACUCAGUAAGGCAGAACAAAACUAUGCCCAGAUAGAGAGGGAGGCGCUAGCGAUAGUCUUUGGAGUUCGCAAGAUGGGCGGCAGUAGCUCAGGAGAGAAGCUAGGCGCAGUAGAGGUGUUCUACACAUCUCAGUUGGACACACUACCAGUCAGUAACACCGAGAUCAAACGUGAGACCCUGUCUGACUCCACUUUAUCUCGUGUCCAGGAAAUUGUCUCCACUGGUCGUUGUCCAGCUGCAAAGGAUGCCGACGAAGAGCUGUCGCCCUAUCUGUUGCGCCGGCAUGAUCUCACCAUACAGCAGGGAUGCCUCAUGUGGGGUAUGAGAGUGAUUGUGCCUCCUAAACUGCGCCCCCGGGUUCUGAAAGAGCUCCACUCAGCACAUCCAGGAGUAGUGAGGAUGAAGAGCUUGGCACGCAGUUAUGUGUGGUGGCCCGGCAUCGACUCUCAAAUUGAGCUUCACGCCAAAUCCAGCCCCCCGUGUCAGAGCAUACAAAAAGCACCUGGGUUAGCUCCUCUACACCCUUGGAUGUGGCCAUCCAGUCCUUGGGAAAGGAUACAUGUGGACUUUGCGGGUCCAUUCGAAGGACAUAUGUACCUGAUCACUGUGGACGCCCAUUCCAAGUGGCCUGAGGUGCAUAUCAUGGACAGCACCACAGCCAGCAAGACCAUACAAGUGCUCAGGGGACUUUUCAGUCGCCAUGGAAUUCCGCACAUCCUUGUGAGCGACAACGGACCUCAGUUCUGUUCUGAAGAAUUCAGUGCCUUCCUGAAGUCCAAUGGAGUCAAACACACCCGCUCAGCGCCGUACCAUCCUGCUACCAAUGGCUUGGCAGAGCGUUUUGUGCGCACAUUCAAACAGGCCUUAAAAUCAUCCAAAGGCACCGGGAUGGUGCAACAACGCCUUGAUACGUUCCUGCUGGCAUACCGCAACAUCCCCCACACCACAACAACGGAAACGCCAGCCAUGUUGUUCCUUGGACGCAGGCUGCGUUCUCGUUUGGAUUUCCUGAAACCCAAUAUUGCUGGAACAGUGCACAGAUCACAGGAUGCCCAACAACAACGCCGCCACCAACACUCAAAGGACAGGCAGUUUGAUGUAGGGGCGCCAGUCCUGGUGCGUGACUAUCGGAAGGGGGAGGAGAAGUGGACACAAGGUAUUGUUGUGGAAAAGACAGGUCCAGUGUCGUACAGGAUAAAUGCGGGAGUACCAGGGGUAUGGAAACGCCAUGUGGAUCAGAUGCUGACACGCCCCGAUCCAGAGCUGCAGCAGACUGCAGUGAACCUUCCCAUACCAGAGGACUUACCCCCGGGUGAUAUCUGCACCACACUCCACUCUAAUACACCUCACACACAGGAGCCUGACUGUCACAUUUCUCAGCACACACAAUCUCCACACCAGUCCACUGACCCACCACAGACUGUGCUAACCGGUACUCCGGUAACAGAGACAAUGAGACGUUAUCCUGUGAGGAUUACUAAACCGCCCGUACGUUACAGUGCGGAGUGA